AUGUGUUUAUUCAAUGAUUCGCCAAUUGUUAUUUUACUACAUGACGUUCUCGGUGAGGAAGAUUCAAUCGAUAUUCCACUGAAUGUUGUGCAAAGCACCGAUGGCAGGAAAGUUAAUCGUAGGAAGUUCACAUUCAGAACUCCCGGUAAAGAUGAAAGACCACUAUCGGAGCGUCGAAGUCAAAUCCAGAUUUCGAGUCCUUCUGAUUUCAUGCAUAUUGUACACAUGGGUCCUGCCCCGGUGAUGGAACUACAACAAAAUUUUAUUGAUUUGCAAUCAAAUCAUUCGCAUAAUUCGUCCGACAAGGAUUCGCUAAACCGAUCUGUAAAUAAUGACUAG